CUGCUUUGGACUUGGGGGGUUUGCUUCCUCUAUAAAAGCCCUGUUUGUCCACAGAGUGAGCUUAUUCACCACCAUGGAGAGCCAGAGAGUCCAGUCCUCGUAUAGGAAGCGUUUUGGGCCUCAGGGCUCAAGCAGCACAGGAGGCAGAAUUGGUAGCCUGUCCUCUAGUCGCCUUUCCUGGCAUGGCACCCCUCGAAACAUCACCCAUUCCAGCCCAAUACCUCGGAUAUCCCUGGGCUCUGCCAACACUGCCUUGCUGCUGGGGAGCAUAGGGGACCGGUUGGAUUUCUCAGCAGACACCUUAAUGAAGGCUCAGUACAAGGAAACCCGCACUAAUGAGAAGAUGGAGAUGAUGGGCCUGAAUGACCGCUUUGCCAGUUACAUAGAAAAGGUACGCCUGUUGGAGCAGCAGAACAAGGUGCUGGUGGCAGAGUUGAACCAGUUGAAGGGAAAGGAGCCCAGCCACCUGGGAGACAUUUAUCAGGAGGAGCUCAGAGACCUACGCCGGCAGGUGGAUGGCCUCACUACUGGCAAGGCUCGGCUGGAGAUUGAGAGGGACAACCUCGCUGCAGAUGUGGCCACUCUGAAGCAGAGAUUACAAGAUGAAAUUGGUCUCCGGCAAGAUGCAGAGAACAGCUUGAAUACCUUCAGACAGGAUGUGGAUGAGGCAUCGCUCAACCGUGUCCAACUGGAGAGGAAGCUUGAAGCUCUGCAGGAUGAGAUAAACUUCCUCAAGAAAAUUCAUGAAGAGGAGCUCCGUGAGUUACAGGAGCAGAUCAUGGCCCAGCAAGUCCAUGUUGAUCUGGAUAUGUCAAAACCAGACUUAACUGCUGCUCUGAGAGAUAUCAGGGUUCAGUAUGAAAACAUGACCUCUUCAAACAUGCAGGAAACAGAGGACUGGUACCGGUCCAAGUUUGCUGACCUGACAGAUGCAGCCAAUCGUAAUGCAGAAGCCUUGCGCCAGGCCAAGCAGGAGGCCAAUGAAUAUCGGCGUCAGAUGCAAGUGUUGACCUGUGAUCUGGAGGCUCUCCGAGGCACUAACGAGUCACUGGAACGCCAGCUCCGAGAGAUGGAGGACCGCUGUGCUAUGGAGACAACCAGUUACCAUGAUACAGUGAGCCAUCUGGAAGAGGAUAUCCAAGCACUGAAAGAGGAGAUGGCAAGGCAUCUGCAGGAAUACCAGGAUCUGCUCAAUGUCAAACUAGCUCUGGAUAUUGAGAUAGCCACUUAUAGGAAAUUAUUGGAGGGAGAGGAGAGCAGGAUCACCAUUCCAGUUCAGAGCUUUGCCAAUCUGCAGUUUAGAGAAACUAAUUUGGACACUAAAACCCCAGAGGCCCAUGUGAAAAGGAGUAUCCUGGUUCGAACUGUAGAGACCAGAGAUGGGGAGAUCAUUAAGGAAUCAACCACUGAGCACAAAGACCUUCCUUGAAGACCAAACCCCCCCCCCAGCUCUUCCAUUUAGUCUUUAAUCUAGUGAUUGUGAAUGUGCAUUACUGCAUAUUAUUACCAUUUUAAAUGCCAAACCCAAGGCUGCCAUCAGUCAUCCUAUCAUUUCAUCAUUGAAAUUUCUCUCCCUUUAUCAUUAUUAGCUUUCUAAUCCAUUCCACAGCCUUUGAACCUGAAAACAUCCAUCUUGAAGUCACCAUAUUCCAGUUAUCUAAAAUUAACUCUCGUCUAUUUCAGUAAGAAAUGACUGUAAAUUAAUCAUAACACUUUUGUUUUAACUUGCUGACAUACCAGAUUUUUAGUGUUGAUUCCAAUUAGCUGCCAUAGAGGAGCUCUUGAAGUGUAGUGACCGUGUUCAUCUAGUAUGUAGCGUUGUGGAGGUUGAUGUGUGGUUAUGCGUACGUGAAAUGUGAUAAAGGAUGGGCAGGAGAGAUUUGGGGUUUGCAGAUGUUGAAACUGGAUUUAGGAAAGGAAUGAGAGGUAUGUGUAUGUCAUAGCAGCUUUUUGCAGGAAGGCAAGUCAAUCUCAGCUUAUUUUGUUUUACCCUUUGUCUGGUGCUAUUUCCUCCUUUUUUAUAUAUAAAGAAACUUCACCUGCUUCUUGUAUUUAAAGCCCUGCAUGAAUGUACAUGUAUUUUUCAUGUCUGAUAAGCUAAUGGCUUUUUAGUUAGUUUUGACACUAAAGUGCUUGAACAUAUAAAAAAAUUCUGCGUAGUUCAUUUUCAUAAUUUAAUUCCAUGCAUUUACACAUCUGAGAAUGCUUACUGCUCUGGAAGAGUGACCAUAGUGACUCCUGCCAUGUUUCUAAGUGGAUUAUCCAAAUAAAAGCACAAACUGCCUCAUCAACAGUUACAAUAUAAGAGGUGUGAUCUGUACAAAUACACAAAGUAGCCAAAAUACUUUAGAAGUCAUUUCAAGGGUUUGAAGCUUCCUCAAUCAUCUACAGAACUUUUUAACUCUUCCUCGUAAAGACAUCAACAUUUUUGGCUCCACAGAGUGUCAGGAUGAGCCCACUUCUCAUGCAGUGAUGAGAAGCACAGGCAGGGCCAGGUUGAAGGUGUGGAAGCUGACACAACCUUUUUUCCAGCCACUACCACCCUCUCUGCUCCAGAGGUGUCUGCCAGUUUCUGUAAGGUUGGCUUGAGUCACAGGACAGCAAUGCAGAGCAAAGCAAAGGAGGCUGAAAGGAUGAACAUGCCUCACAGUGAAAACUCACCCAGUCUCUGACUUUUGUUGGAAGCUCUGACUGAAGCAUGCUGACAGGCAGUGCCACUAAUGAGAGUGACAAGCUAGCUGUGUCUGUGCUCAUUGCUACGGACACCUCAUGAGUCGUGCCUUCCACCUUCUACCCCUGCCAGCUUCCACCCCUGUGUCUUAACCUCAUCUCCUCUUCCUCAAUAUAACCUUACUUACUUAUUUACUUUCUUUUGUUUUUUGAAUGUCAGAUGUGACUAUAAC